GCAGCAGCGCCGGCUCCCUCCCGGUCCCCGCCUCGGCCCCGGGCUCCUAAGCGGCUCGGGGGCGCCCUUUCAGUUCAGCAUCGUCGUCUGCCCCCCUCCCCAGCUCCUGGGGACCCAGGCUCGCCAGCGCUCAGCCAGGGAGCCGGCCGGGAAGCGCGAUGGGGGCCCCAUCCUCCCUGCCUCUGCUCUUGCUCUUCGCCUGCUGCUGGGCGCCCGGCGGGGCCAACCUCUCCCAGGACGGCUACUGGCAGGAGCAGGAUUUGGAGCUGGGAACUCUGGCUCCACUGGACGAGGCCCUCAGCUCCACAGUCUGGAGCAGUCCUGACAUGCUGGCCAGUCAAGACAGUCAGCCCUGGACAUCUGAUGAAACAGUGGUGGCUGGUGGCACAGUGGUGCUCAAGUGCCAAGUGAAAGACCAUGAGGACUCAUCCCUGCAGUGGUCUAACCCUGCCCAGCAGACUCUCUACUUUGGGGAGAAGAGAGCCCUUCGAGAUAAUCGGAUCCAGCUGGUUCAUUCUACUCCCCACGAGCUCAGCAUCAGCAUCAGCAACGUGGCUCUGGCGGACGAGGGCGAGUAUACCUGCUCAAUCUUCACCAUGCCUGUGCGAACUGCCAAGUCUCUCGUCACUGUGCUCGGAAUUCCACAGAAGCCCAUAAUCUCUGGAUACAAGUCAUCAUUACGGGAAAAAGAGUCAACCACCCUAAACUGUCAGUCUUCUGGGAGCAAACCUGCAGCCAAGCUCAGCUGGAGGAAGGGUGACCAAGAACUCCACGGAGAACCAACCCGAGUACAGGAGGACCCCAAUGGCAAAACCUUCACUGUGAGCAGCUCAGUGACGUUCCAGGUUACUCGAGAGGAUGAUGGGGCCAGCAUAGUAUGCUCUGUGAACCAUGAAUCUCUACAGGGAGCCGACAGAUCCACCUCUCAGCGCAUUGAAGUUUUAUACACACCUACAGCAAUGAUCAGGCCAGAACCUCCACAUCCCCGCGAGGGCGAGAAGUUGUCACUACAUUGUGAGGGUCGCGGCAAUCCCGUUCCCCAGCAGUACCUGUGGGAGAAGGAGGGCAGCGUACCACCCCUCAAGAUAACCCAGGAGAGUGCCCUGAUCUUCCCCUUCCUCAACAAAAGUGACAGCGGCACCUAUGGCUGCACAGCCACGAGCAACAUGGGCAGCUACAAGGCCUACUACACUCUCAAUGUUAACGACCCCAGUCCGGUGCCCUCAUCCUCCAACAUGUUCGCCAUCAUCGGUGGGAUUGUGGCUUUCAUUGUCUUCCUGCUGCUCAUCCUGCUCAUCCUCCUUGGCCACUACUUGAUCCGGCACAAAGGAACCUACCUGACACACGAGGCGAAAGGCUCCGACGACGCCCCCGACGCGGACACGGCCAUCAUCAACGCGGAAGGCGGGCAGUCGGGCGGGGAUGACAAGAAGGAAUAUUUCAUCUAGGGGCGCCCGCCCACCUCCUGCGCCCCCCAGGGGCCCCGUGGGGACUGCUGGGGCCGUCACCAACCCGGACUUGUACAGAGCAACCCCAGGGCCGCCCCUCCCGCUUGCUCCCCAGCCCGCCCACCCCCCUGUACAGAAUGUCUGCUUUG